AUGAAGACUACGAUUCUACUGUUUUGUCUUCUAGGAUCAACUCAGUCAUUACCAAAGCAGUUUAAUUUGGGACUUGCUCCAACAAAACCAGCUCCAGAUCAGGCCUCACAACUAAACCAACAGCAGCCAAAUCAGGUCUUCUCUUCUUUAAGUCUAAUACCAUUAACACAGUUGCUCACACUGGGGGCAGAUCUGCAACUGUUUAAUCCUGCUAUAGGAAUGGCACCUGGUGCCCAAACACUGCCAUUGACCCUGGGGGCAUUGAAUGGACAACAGCAGCUGCAAUCACAAAUGUUACCAAUUAUUGUAGCACAACUCGGAGCCCAGGGUACUAUCCUAAGCUCAGAGGAAUUGCCAUUGGCCCCACAAAUCUUCACAGGCCUUCUCAUCCAUCCCUUGUUUCCCGGAGGCAUCCAGCCCACCAAUCAGGCAGGAGCUAAUCCAGAUGCCCAGGAUGGGGUCCUUCCUGCAGGACAAACAGGAGUAAAUCCUACCAACCAGGGAACCCCAGCGAGCCACCUUGCAACUCCUACUGGCAUAGAUGAUGAUGAGUUUGGAGAGACUACCCCUGCAGGCAUCAGAAGGGGCACACAAACUACAGACGAAACCACCACAGAAUCACCAAAUCGUAAGUUCUCUCAUCUUGGAAAAUGUCUUCAGCCAUGA